AUGAAAUACGAGUCGAUCCAGGCUAUCGGCGGCUUCUUCACACAAGAUGAUCCUGCUGCAGACUCGACGGAGAUCGGCGCCGUCCCGCCCCGCUUCGGUCUGUUAGACGCUUCAGAAAAUAGAUGGACAACGCUUCAAGCACAGCUUCGCCAGCUCAAUGUGUCUGCUGGUACCGCAAUCUACAAACUGUUCAUUUUCGGACGCCAUGGACAAGGGUUUCAUAAUGUCGCGGAGGAUAAGUACGGUACGGUGGCCUGGGACGACUACUGGUCUAAGCUCGACGGCGAUGGAGAUCUGGUAUGGGGACCUGAUCCAGAAUUGACCACUAUCGGGAAAGAACAAGCUGUUGCUGUAAACGAACUAUGGAAAACCGAAAGGAAUGCCGGAAUUCCUCUGCCAGAGAGUCUAUACUGCAGUCCCAUGACACGUGCUAUCCAAACACAGCAAAUCACUUUCGCUUCUGUUGGUUCUCCUCCGCGGGCAUUGAUCAUGGAGAACUGUAGGGAGGAAUACGGCGAACAUACCUGUGAUAAACGCCACCCCAAAACGCACAUUCAACAACGUUUCCCUCAGUUUGACAUCGAAGAUGGAUUUUCAGAAGAGGACGAACUAUGGGAACCCGACAUGCGUGAGACCGCUGAUCACGCGGCUGAGCGAGCACGGCUUGUGCUCGAACAUGUUUUUGCCCAGGACAGGGAUUCGUUAUUUAUUUCUGUUACUGCUCACAGCGGAAUUAUUAACGGAUUCUUGCGAGCCUUGGGACGCCCACGAUAUGUGCUACCAACAGGCGGUGAUAGAUUCUUACUGGUUCGACCCGUGUUUUGCUUAUGGUUGGCAGGCGUCUUGCCAAUAGUCAUCAAAGCCACAGACGAUUUGGUUUUGUCGUCCACGACACUCGAAUAG